AUGGCGGAUGAGGAGAAACUCCCUUCGGGCUGGGAGAAGCGGAUGAGUCGCAGCUCAGGCCGCGUCUACUACUUCAACCACAUCACCAAUGCCAGCCAGUGGGAGCGUCCGAGUGGGGGGGGCAAUGCCGGUGGUCGGAAUGGGCAGGAGCCGGCCAAGGUUCGGUGCUCGCACUUGCUGGUCAAACACAACCAGUCCCGGCGGCCCAGCUCCUGGCGGCAGGAGAAGAUCACCCGGAGCAAGGACGAGGCUCUGGAGCUCAUCAACGGGUACAUCCAGAAGAUCAAAUCCGGCGAGGAGGAUUUUGAGGUCCUGGCCUCCCAGUUCAGUGACUGCAAUUCAGCCAAAGCCCGGGGGGACCUAGGAGCAUUCGGGAGGGGUCAAAUGCAGAAGCCAUUUGAAGACGCUUCAUUUGCGCUGAGGACGGGAGAAAUGAGUGGCCCGGUUUUCACAGAUUCGGGAAUCCACAUCAUCCUCCGCACAGAGUAGUUGGGUCGGGUGUUUCUCCUCCCCCCCCUCCCGCCCCCACCCCCAAUCUUCUUUAUCCUCUAUACUCCAGGCUGUCUGGCCGCAGCUCAGCACUGACCCUUUUCCUUGCGGCCAGCUUGGCCCAUUUUUCCAGAUUCUUGUGGGGGUUGCUGAUUCUUCCAUUGAGGGGUGGAAAGUGGAAUUGUGAUUCAGCUGGCCAUCACCCACCUAUCCCUCCCCUCCUUACAGAGUAUUUAUUGUCCUGAAGGGGGAAGGGUUAGGGGAGGCUGGCAGGGGAUCUUCAACACCCCCCCCCACCCCACCCACACACACACCCACACCCACACAAAACUGGCUGCUACAUAACCCCAGCUGAUCCCUCUGCAGGUGACACAGAGGAUAUAUCAAGGGUCAGAUUUCUGGUGGGAGAGAAGAGGGGGACUGCAACCCCCUCACUGCCCAGCUGUGGUUCUCCUCCCCCACCCCUCUUCCCCUGGCCGCGGUGGAGAUGCAGAAUCCCCUUAGUCAGGGCCACUCUAACUCUUGGUUUCAUCCCAGAAACAUCUAGGCCCUCUGCUUCAGUUCCCCGAUGCAGAUAAAUGUAUAGUUCUAGGCUGUGUCAGCUGCAGCCCCUGUCCCCAAUUAAAUUUGGGACCCUCUG